AGCCGGUGGAAAUAACAGUGUUUGACUGCUGGGCACGUUUGUCCUCCAGCCUCGUCGACCUCGGGAUCAAGCAAGGGCUUCUGCACUUGAGGAUGAAGAUGAAUGGAAAGAAUUUGAGCAAAAAGAAGUUGAUUACAGCGGCCUUAGAGUUCAGGCAAUGCAAAUAAGAAAUGGAAGAAAAAACACACUUAGAUGUCCUUUUGCAGAAGCCAGGAGAGGCCAUGAUGUUCCCAAGUGAAAAGGAAGAAGAUGAUAGUGAAAAAAGAGAAGAUCCAGGUGAUAAUUGGGAAGAAGGUGGAGGUGGUGGUGGUGGUGUAGAAAGAUCUUCAGGUCCCUGGAAUAAAACAGCUCCGGUACAAGCACCUCCUGCUCCAGUAAUUGUUACAGAAACCCCAGAACCGGCAAUGACUAGUGGUGUGUAUAGGCCUCCUGGAGCCAGGUCAACCACAACAAGAAAAACACCACAAGGACCGCCAGAAAUAUACAGCGAUACACAGUUCCCAUCCCUGCAGUCCACUGCCAAGCAUGUAGAAAGCCGGAAGGAUAAAGAAAUGGAGAAGAGCUUUGAAGUAGUAAGACACAAAACUAGAGGUAGGGAUGAGGUUUCAAAAAACCAGGCCCUUAAACUUCAGCUAGACAACCAGUAUGCUGUGCUUGAAAAUCAGAAAAGCAGCCACACACAGUACAAUUAAGGAACGGUCUUUGCUAACCCUUCUAAGGUAACUAGACCACAGCUAACCACCAUGAACAGCCAUUCGUCAUCUGAUCUCUGCUGGAUCUACAGCAACUGAUGCAGACCACUCGAUAGAAGCGACCAGCCCUAUUGCACUAUGGAAGUUUAAAGUGUUACAACUGCUCUCUGUAUAUUGAAUUUAGGGGGAUUUUCAUUGUUAUAAAUGUGUGAACUAGCUUCAGCAGUGUUCUUUCAUAAUUACUCUGCAAAUACAAAAAAAAACCACACACACAAAAACUGCAGCCAGUGGUCAUUUCAAAAUCUUUUUAUGUUCAGAUACUGAGCCUUCGUAAGGGUUGACUACCUCAGAUUUGCUGCACUCAUUGACUUCAUGUGGAUCACAACUUCUGGAUAAGACGGUUACAGCUAGUAAGUGUCGAUGUGAAACUUGAAACCAGCUCUACUGGAUUCCUAUCAGAAAUCCUACAGAAAGUCAGCCAUUGGGUUCGAUCUGCUGUGAAAGAUGAAGAUUUAAGUGACCUUAAUUAACCUGACCUGUGCCCCCCUUCUUAAGGAAUACUCUCUGUAGUGGGCUGUGGCUGUAUCAGAGUUCCUGAUACAUGCCACUCAAAAGGAGCUGAUGUGUUCAGAUAAUCUGUGUAGGGCUGUGAUUUAUUAUUUAAACUUUGAGUUGUAUUCUGAGGUAACCACAAAUUCAACCAAACGUGGGUCCACCAAGUGGAAAAGGGGGUGGGAGAGGGAGUAAUCUGUUUCUUUCAGUAAAUUUUUUUAUUUGGGUAGUGCUUUUUCUGUGUUCCACAUUAAGGCCUUUUUUUUUUUUUUUUUUUUUUUUUGCUUUGACUUGGAAUAAGUUCUUUGACAGAGCAUAUUGCUUGGUUAAGUAAGUAACCUGAAAUAUGCAUUAGAAUUGUGAACUGUCUGGUCGAUUUGCCAAUCCCUAGAGUGGAACCAAAUAGCCUUGGAUGUAAAGGGCAGUGGAUGCAGGGGGCUCUCCUUCAGGUGCUGCUACAGCCUCCUCUAAUCAGGUCUCAAUGGUAAACUGCAGUGGAGAGGGUAUGGUUGCUGCUCAGGCCACGGGAUUCACUCACCUGUCCUUACAAGUUCAAAGCAACGUGAGCAGAACCUCAACCUAAAAAAACCCACUUACGUGUCAUGGGUCUCACAUGAUCUUUGACAAUUCCACAUAUACUUGUGCCCAAAUGUUUAAGGUAUUGGACAUUUCUAUAGAUGCAGUGAUUGUCCCAGCUUAGUUAUCAACCUUCUGGUGUGUCCUUAUGUUGUUCAUUUGGAGAGUCAGGGGCGAAAGACAGGUGAUGUAGCACUUCUGUUUUUAAUAAUUACAGCUUAAACUAUCCAGUAAUUUUUAGUCCUUAAAAGGGACUUCAGGAAGAUACCAGGAUUACGGAAAAGUUUCUUUCCAUCUAAUGAGAUAGUCUGGCAAUUUCAUAGUUUUGUAUCUUUGGUUCAAUAGAAAUAUUUCAAAGUGGUAUGUGACCACUUGAUGCAGAGUCUGGGUGUCUCUAUAAUAAAUCCCUUUGCCAAAUGGCAGGAGUUGCAGACUUGCUACUGGCAAGAGUGAAGCAAAUGGGUGAGUAAAACUAUCCGGAUGGAGCAUUUUCCUUUGGGAGUUUAGUCUUGAUGAAAGUGUUAAUGCAGGAAUCAGACUCCUAGAGGGGUUUCACUGUCUCCUGACGGGACCUGCCAACCAUUCAGGGCAAUAAUGUUGGCGUUACUUGAGGUGGCAGGCCGGAUGCCUGCCUUGUGAUGUAUUUGGGUGAGUUGCUGAGCAAGCCAAGGAGAGGUUGGAUGAUUAAGCGAGAAACAAAUUCUUGGUUAAACUGAAAGCUUCAUGUGGGAACCAAAAAUCUUAACAAAUUUCUUGGACCUUGAGCCACAUGUUUUCCCUGAAAAGUAUGCAUUCUUUCCAGCGAAAUUUUGUUGGUGGUUAUGUUAUUGAGGAAUGAACUGAGAUGGAUAUGUGGAACUUAUUUAACGGCAUACUGUACUAGAAAUCAGAAGACCUGCAGGAGAUUAAAACCAACUCUUGUCAUAACUUUUUAAAAGAUGGUGGAAUUAUCAAAAUGCACAUGAAUCAAGUUUUAAUAUACUGUAUGAUGGGUAGAUGAGGCUGUCCAUUGUACCAUUUCUUUCUUUGAAUUCUCAGGCAUGGUUUGGCAGUGCAAGAACUCUGUAACAUUAACAAAUUCAAUAAAAGAAAUAUAUGGA